AUGAUAGCACUUGAUUCAACUGCGGAGUCGCUGCAGCGGGACCCACAGUAUCUCCUGCGGUUGUAUCACAAGGUUAUACAAUGUAUUGUAAAAUGUGAUCCCUCUUCAUUUGUUCGAACUCUCUCGCCGGGAUUUGUGCAGAUAGAUUCGAAGUAUCGUGUGCGUAGUCGUGUAAAGCCUACAGAACUAUGGCUUUUAAAGGGAAUUUUACGACAAAUAAUUCCCGCCAAUAUUGUGAGUGACAGGGAACUUUUAAUACUUCUUACUUUACUUCCACUUGAGGAAUACAAAGAUUCCAAGAUGGUCGGUGAAUCUACUGAUAUUUGUGUAAGCCCAGUAACACUUUUACAUUGUCUUCGAAAUUUAUGUCCUAUGCGAGUUUCUUUGUUGCGUGAAAUACUCCGCACUAUAGAAAGAAUAACGCCACGACCCCAUCCAUCUGAUUCUGUUUAUGGUAAAACAUUGUUAGCAAAAUUAAGGGAAGAAAAAAAUACAGCAUGUGUCUUUGAAACUGCUCCCCUAAUAGAUUAUCUUACAGAGACAUUCGAUCUUACCAUUUCUGAAUCACUCUUUUUGAUCGAAUAUUGCUCUACUGGUAGUGGUCCUACAUGUGAUACAAUUCUUCUUGAUGGAGCAUACCUUUGUGUGCUUUUGUAUCAACAUCCAUUGCCUGUUGAUGUACACUUUCCACUUUUAAUGUCUGUAUUCACUGAAGCUGUUGGUGAUCCGAUUGGGGAUACGCAUUCUGGUACACUUGCACUCCUUGAACAAUUGCAUCAUGUACAAUUAGAAUCUUGUAGCGAUAUAAUUUCUCGAGAUAAAUUUGAUAUUUCUAUCGAUAUUGGAGAAGAGUUAGCUAAUAGCUGUCUAACAGCUAGAGUUUUUGAAGAUUUUUGCAAGGGUCUACGUGUUGGUUUAUUAACUGAUGAAGUUCGUCAACUUUUUCAGUACUUGCGAUUAGAAGGUCCACGUGAGGUGGUUUCUGUUAAAAUUCUUCUGAGAGAAUUUGUGCGUCAUUUUUCUCCAGCAGGUGAAUCUUUAUUCGGUAUAGUGGAAGAGGCGACAAGGCGUUACAUUGUAAAAUCGGGAGGUAUAUUGGCACUCCCACGUUUGCAUCUUUCCUUACCUGAUGGUUUUCUUCCGAUUACAACCUUUAUUUCAUCAUUGCGUGAAGCCGGUGUGCCAGAUUUGGUAAGUGAUGUAGAGUUGGAGUGGCUGAGAUUUAAGGCUAGAGAUCGAUUUCACCUUAUAAUCCUUCUAUGUGGUAGGUUUCCUGGGAAUCGGGAGGCAUUAGUUAGACAACUUUUUGAUCAGAUAAAGAACCUUGAAAAUACAACAACAAAAUCAGAGGGUGUUAAUGUUGAACAUGUUCUCUCUCAGUUCCACCCAGAGAAUGCUAAAGAUGCCCUUGUUGUUAGUGGAGAAGAAUGGCGACAUGUGAUGUCGUGUUGUUUUUCUGAUGGUACAAGCAAUAUUUUAACCUUUGACCGCUUUCUCUACUUUUGGGCGGCGGUUUCAGCGGCGUGUAGUGAUGACUCUGUCUUUACUAUGAUCUUGUGGCGUUGCUUCAACAUGCACGCAAAGCGCUGA